AUGUCGGAAGUGGAACCACCGUUUAGACCACGAGUGAAGAUUGUUGAAAAGCAAAAGUAUUUCCAGAAUAUCCCAAAACACACAUACUUGAAAGGGCCAUUGGAUAAGGUUACAUCUGUAGCAAUACCGAUUGCUCUGGCAGGAACUUCAUUGUUUCUGAUUGGUCGAGGAAUCUACAAUAUGUCACUUGGGAUAGGAAAGAAAGAAUAA